AUGGCAAAUAUAAGGAUCGAGACCGCACCAAAUAACACCUUUAGAGAAUGUAGUAAACACGCUACACAACCUGUAGACGCUAAGAGGAAAAAACCGGUAUCGGCAGGGUCAUCAGAAUCACGUAGGACAGGUCAAGACCUAGAAAAACAAAACUUGAAAUUCGCUAAGGACAUUCAAAAUAGGUGUAAAAGUAUAUUUGAUAACGGUGAUUGGAACCAUGUUUCGAAAUCCCCAAGUCUCCUGGACCAACACGAACUGACGCUAUAUAUAGCUACGGACAGAAAUGUGGAUGAUAGUUCACAAAAGAUGUCUGCCAUAAUGGGGGACCAUGAUUACAAUGAAAAAACGGAUGUUACAGAGAAGUGUUUCAAAAAACAUUGCAAAAGUGUGACACCUGAUCAAGACUGUUCGUGUCUGAUUCUCUUCCUCCACAACGAUGAGACUAGCAUUACUGUACUUGAAUCGUCGAUUGUGUUGUAUGUUCCGAGUACAUCCAUUGAGGUCGAGAUAAGCCGACGAAGCCAAUCGGUACGAGUUUUCAGAGAAGAAACAGAAAGCCCAACUUGCAUUAGGCGAACACUUACACAUAUUCUAGGCGAAUAUCUGUUUACCUAUGCAAAAGUAGUGCAGCAACGCAUUGGUGAAUAUGAGGAAACAAUCAAGUCUCCAAACUCUGACAGCACAACAGCCAUACUUCGGAAAACCAAGGAAGCUGUGACUGUAUUACUUACCCGACGAGUACUUACAGACUGUGAAACAUCAGCAGCUGUUGGAUCUACUAAAUGUGAAAUUCCUGAUGACAUAGAUUCGGCAUUGAAUGGAAAGAAAAACUGCGGCGUGAUUGCAUUUGGAUUGUUUGCGGACAAAUUUAUAGUCUUUAUCGACGAGAAGUGCAGUGACCAAGUACAAAAACAAACCACCCAAGAUAUAAAAAAAAACCUUUGCAGCGAUCGAUGCGACUUUAAAAUACCUUUAAGAGUGAUACAUGUUUCACAAGACUUCUUGACAGACACGGGUUUGGAGCAAGGCCAUGCAUUCCAAACUGGAUCUGACUCUGGCUCUAUCGGAAUGGUAACAAACGCAACUGUACACCCGGGUGCCACAGAGACAACCACAGAGGCAGAUGGACCGACACAUUUGGAACAGGGAAUUCCUAAACACAUCGUCGUGGCAAUUACCGCAGGUCAUAUUUUUGCAAAAAGCAAUGACGCAUUUUUCGUCAGAAAAGAUAAACAAACUGUGAAAUUCGGGAAAUGCAUCGCAAAACAGUAUCGCAAAGGAAACAUUUCAGCAAAGCAAUUUGACAUCGCCUUGAUAGAAGUCGACGAUAACAUGACAACCAUCGACGUUUGCUCUCAAAAAUUCAGAAAUGAUACUGGUGAAUCAUGUGACGGUGUUUUGUUCACAGGCUCUCUUAAACCUGGUACUGGUAUGUACAAAAAAGGUGCUGCAACCGACAUGACGGCAGGAGUUGUUGUCAGCCAGGAUUUUCGACUAAAUGGACCUCUCGAUACGCAGAAAGGCUACUUGGUCGAAGGGCGCGAUGGUAGUGAAUUCGCUAAACGCGGAGAUAGUGGUUCUAUUGUAUUUACGUUAGACAUCAAUGACGAAGAAAAUAGAACUGUCAAUCUAGUGUCGAUUGUAUCGCAAAUAUUGUCAGAGGAGUUUGCUAGAAAAAUUGGGAUUCCCGGAAAACUCACUUACAGCGUCCGCCUUGACAAGUGUCUUAAAAGCCUACCUAAUGUGACCUUGCAAAUGCCUAAAAAGUAAUUUUGUUUACUACCCUAUACGUACAAAUGUAUAUAUUUACAUCAUUAUUACU